GGAUCAUUUAUAGCCAUAUUAGACAUCCUAUUUGUAUUAUUGUUUUUUUUUCGAUCUAUAUAUCUUUGUACAUAAUAUAGCUUUUUAAAAUAAUAUGUCUGCUCAACUACCAUUAGGGGAUAUUUCUAAAUUAGCUAUUCCAACUCUCCCAGGAAUGCAGCCACCCAAACCUCAACCUGGCUUUUGGUCUUCUAAUCCUGUUUUUUCUUACUUAAAUGAUGUAUAUUCUUCAGUGUCUGAACAUAGAAGGUCUUUGGGUUUAAACAAUCCAGGAACUGUAGAAGACUUAAGCAGAGAAGUUUCAAGAGAUGUUCUCUUAGGCCAAUAUUUUUUCACUGGUUUAAGAGCUGAUUUGACCAAAAACUUUUCCACAAAUCCUUAUUUUCAAAUUACUCACAGUUUGAGUAUAGGCUCACAAAUGAUGCCUCCAUAUGCUUUCACUUCUCUUUAUGCAACUGAUGACUUAGUUGCCCAAGGUACUCUUGAUAAUAAUUUUGCGCUCAACGGUAGAGUUCAUUAUGCUUGGUCAAAAAAUAACAUCUCAAAAAUCAAUUCUCAUAUCGCUAAGGGCCAACCAGCAAUGGUUCAGCUUGAGCAAGAUUACCAAGGACAUGAUUUCUCUUUCAAUAUAAAAUCUUUAAAUCCUUCUUUCUUAGACAAUGGAGAGUUUUCUGGAGAUGUCUAUGCCUCUCUUUUGCAAUCAAUUUCUAAAAAACUAUCUAUUGGUAUAGAAGCUGCAUACUCCCGUCAAGCUCAAUAUCCUCCAGAUGCAGCUAUCUCUUAUCUUGCAAGAUACAAUGCUGAUAAAUGGAUUGCUUCAGCCCAAAUUAAGGCUCAAGGCUCAGUUGUCGCCUCCUUUUAUAGAAAAGUUGCUGAAAAUGUUUCAGCAGGUAUCGAAACUCAAAUUCUGGCAUCAAUGAGGCCAAUUACCGACCCAAUGUUAGGUCAAACUAUUGGUGUUGAACCAGUUAUGGAAGGUGUCACUACUAUCGGUGCUAAAUAUGAAUUUAGACAAUCUGUAUUUAGAGGUCAAAUAGAUUCUGAUGGGAAAGUUUCUUGUUGUCUUGAAAAGAAAAUAUUACCAACAGUUAGUGUAUUAUUUUCUGGUGAAUUAGAUCAUCUCAAAAGUACUUCAAGACUUGGUUUAGGUUUGCAAUUUGAAACCGCUGGUUCUGAAGAAAUGAUUUUACGUCAACAAGGUUUAGAUGCUAAUGGUAAUCCACUUACCUUAGAACAAGCUGCUAUGUAAAUUUUGUUCAGUUUAAUGAGUUAAGCUAUUUUAAAAAUCUAAAAAUCUAAAAUAAAGGUCUAAUUUUUUUAAUGUUUUUUUUAUUUAAUUUUACUUUUUUUAUU